AUGUUUGUCCGUGCGCCACGGUUCAACGCCGUCUGCAUGCUCCGGUUCCGCUGCUCCGGUGCCGCUGCUCGGGUCCCGCUGCUCCGGUGCCGCUGCUCCGGUGCCGCUUCUCCGGUGCCGCUUCUACGGUGCCGCUGUGGCCAGUCCUAGCACGACCAAACUCGACCCGCUCCGCUUCGUAUACGCUCUCGUUGCUGUCCUUCCCAGUCGGUACCUCGCUUUCGCCCUCGUUGCACUUAGGGUUCUUGGUCUGCAAAUCCUCGCGCCGAAGGGUCAACCAGCCCAAUCAGCUCGUCACCACCUGUCCCCUCCUCCUUUGAUGGCAAAACCAGGUUACUGAGACAGUACAGCUCCCUCUAGCAAACCUAGGGCCGUGUACAUAGUGCCCGUCCACAUUCCUGAUGGCGUCUGCCUCCGCGCAGAAAGAUGAGAUGGGCAUUGCUGCCUACACGG